AAGAGGUAUACAUGGAAUUCAAGGACACCGUCCCUUGGGACCCAUACCAGCUACAGGUCAUUGAUAAACCAAGACUCCAUUCACUACAUUUCGUAGCGACUGUCUUUGGUAUCCUCCUGGUUUAUCCUGACAGGGAAUGCGAGCAUCGUAGCUUUGCCGAGUGGCACAGAGACAAGUAUAUAUUUCGUGCCAUUCGACGAAUUAAGUUCUUUAAAGAGUACCUACCACGAAAAACCCUAAGACUCUGGCAUCAAAAUGCCAGCCGUGCAAAGUACAAUCGCAUUCGGUCGUCGACUUAUUUUUCCGGAGCUCGUUUCCACGUUCCAUUCCUCAAACUCCUACAGCAGAUCAACAGUCUUUCUAGAGACAUGCUCUCCCUAAGAGGAAACAAUAUCUCAUCUUGUGGUUGCUGCACUCGAGAGGAAUUCUCCGUAUACGUGAGGACAAACAACAAGCAGCUACUCAAGUACUUUGAUAAAUAUUUCCGGUAUUCUCUUAAAGUUAUCGGAGAGACUGUUUCUAACUCACACAAGUACGUGGAGGGACUGGUAGCGGAAAAGAGACACAAACCGUUUGUCUCUGAGCUUCCCAUAUCAAUACAGAGGAGACAGCACAAGCAACUUGAGGAUGAUAUAGAAAACGGGUAUCAUCGCUGCAAUCAGUUAAAGGAGCUGAUAAAACUAGUGAAAGAGAUUGUGUCUAGUUCAGUCAUUAGUCUUGUUGAGGAUCAUGUUAAUCAAUGGCUGAGUGUUGUAAUGAGUGAGAGAGAGGGGACCAGAGAGACCAGUGGAGGAACCAUUGAGAAGGAAGAGGAUGAGGGGAGGGAACAAGGAGUGCCUCAGUGUUUGUGGCAAAUUCAAUUACAAAUUAAUGAAGAAGGUAUGCUAUCAUAUGAUACAGAUUAUUCCCAGUUAAAGACCAUGCUACUCAAUCCAUUGACUAACAGUAUCAUUGCACUAUUCACUGCAUAUGAGGCUGCCAUUAACACUGCUCUACACGAAGAACAAGGAACACCAUCUCUGUCAUUGUUUUCUAGUACUCAUGCCUCACUGUCUCAGUUUAAGAUGAGAGGGAAUGAGGAGGGAGAGGGAGAGAAUGAAGAGAGUUUACUCAGUAACUGCUUACUCAAUGAAUCACUCAUCAAUGAUCUGGAGACCAAUGAAGUUUUAUCAAGUGCCACUGAGUGUCUGACUGAACUGUUUGAGUCCAUUGAGAGCGAACUGAAAGAAUUCUGCAACCAGUCAAACUGGUUGAUCCAGUUGAACGAGUAUGUAUCAACCUGGGAGGGGAGGAGGGAGGGAGGGGAAGGAUUCAAGACCAUUAAACCUGAAGAUAUUAAGGUUGCCCUCACGAGUGGUUUUCAAUGGCUUGAUAAACUUGGCUCACUUCCUCUUCAUUUUGUGACUCUCUCCUCUCACUCGUUGGUCUGUGUUAGAACCGAGAGUCUUGCUACUAGUCUAAGACCAAGACUCCAUGCUAUAAUGGACUGGGUACAGACUCACUGCCUUCGCUCUAUACACUCUCAGUCCUUGAGAAUAACUGAAAUAACUACACAACACAUUGAGAUACUCUCAAGCAAGAGGAUGGACCUUGAAGGUUUUGCUCGCUUUUCACAGCAACUAAAGCACAAUAAAAAAGGAGAGGGAGAGAGAGUCUCAUACCCUCCAAUUUGUAAUGUCACUAGCGUGCGAGAAUGA